AUGGCCGUCAGGUCGCCAGUGUCGGUUCUACCAUUCCGCGACUCGAGCGCAUCUUAUAACUCGCUGAUGUCAAUGUCCCUGAAUGGCUCGGUCCACGAGUCGGUGAAUGGGUCGAUCGGCAAGGAAAAUGAGGGGAAUGAGAGUUCCCACUAUGAGAUCAACGACUCAGCCAGCGAAGACGACGAUCCAGAAACAGAUUGCGAUGAUUCUCCGCUAUCUCCAACCCGUGCGGAGGAAGCACAACCACAGCCAGACCUGACGAUUCAAACCGAGUGCUCUGAUGUUGUCGGUCCCAGCGCCAAGUCAGACGAAGAUGAAACACCACAGUCUGUUAUUUAUGCUCCGCCUGGGUUUGAACCAUUUGCGCCAAUGCAGACCACUUUCGAGGGAAUUGAAAACUCACAGUCACCAUCAGUCAGCUCGGAGGAGCCAAACGAUUCAAUGGCUUUGACAACGAAGAAGAAGUUUGGCAAUAGUCCAACUUCACCUCCUCCUUUGACCACCUCCAUGAGCCUGGAAAGUGAUACCCCCGAGCGAGCAACUCCUCGUGCGCAAACAAGACAAGAGUUCGACGAGUUCGAGCGACGAGCCCGUUCAAGCAGCUUCAGAGAUAGCCCAGAAGGGUUGACCAGCAAGGAGGCUGAGAUCAAGGCUCUCAGAGGUGCUCUGGGAGAAUGCUGGACACUGUGCAAUACACUGGCCAACCUAAGUUCAAUCCACCGAGAACGCAUGCUCAAAUCGCACAAUGAUGACAUACAAGAAGAUGCAUGGCGAUCAUGUUGGAAACUAUGCCAAAAGCUCUAUGAGACCCGUGAUGAUGACUACGCGACACAAAUCCACCCUACUUUAGAUCUCUGUCGAGAUUUCUGCCAGGCUCUAUUCGAAGCCCGAACUCGCGAAACCGAUGUCUCCGACUCCGUCUUACGUGUGAGCUUCGAGCUAAACAACCAUCUCUACAACACACACGACCGAAACCUGCCCGAUGCAUUCCGCGAAAGAACCUUGGAUUUCUAUAUCACCUUGUGUCACCGACUCAUGAAGCAGCGCGAACGCAUCACAGAGACUGACUCCCUACUCAGUGCUUGCUGGACACUAACAGAGAUGUUGUUCAGUAUUCGACAGAGCAAAAGGGAGAGGAAAUCGCUGGACGAGGAUCUGCUUGGAUCCGCAAUCCAAGCAUGCUGGGAGCUCUGCGAUAUCUUCCGAGAAGGAUGGACACAGCAUAAUCUACGCAAUUCGGAUCGAGGAACGCCCCGCCCUAGCCAGACUACAUUCUCCCAGGCCUUCUAUCAAGCUUCCCAGCUAUCAGAGCUGGACUUUGGUGACGAUUCAUCAAGUCAGCUCGGCCACCCUGAAACACCUACCACCAUCUUCGAAGAUACUGCAACCAUUUCACCAGAUGAGGGGCCGAUCCCCAACAUAUUUGUUCUUGGAUACGACAAAAGAAAUGGCUCGCAUAACAAGUGGUCAUCUAACGCUUCGAGUAUAUCAGAGAAAUCUCGGUCGUCAAGUCGCACGGCUUCAUCUGCCAAUACCGUGACGACCAUAUCAGAAGAUCCAAAUCUCACGCGACUCAAGAUCCUAAUUACAAGGGCGGCUAUCGACAGCGGCUUCCAGCGAGGAAGCCAGAAUCUCUCGUCAUUUGUCAAGUCACUUCCCUCGGACACAUUUGGCUCUGCGUCAUGGCAAACGUCGCUGUUGAAGAAUUAUAAAAAAGCAGUUUCCCUGGACCCGGCAUUUAGGAACGUUGGCCUGCAGGCUCGGGCUAGUGCCGUUGAUAUUGCACAUGCGUGUCAGGCUAUGGUACAGAACGGCCAAUGUUCUUGGCUUCGUGAUCUCUUCCGGCUUGUGUUUGGAUUCCACUUGGAAGAGGCUAUGGGUCGCAAAGGGGUUGUCAUUCAGACAUAA